ACCCCAGGAGUUCGUCGCUUGGCACGUUCAGAAGGUCAGGACAAUGCGGUUUGGCAGGCAUCUAACCAACCCACUACGAUCGCCUGCCCAGGAUCAGCUAAUAAGCCACGUGGCCUUUUCCCUAUUAACUCGGCUCUGGGUGAUGACCACUUCGAGGUUUCGUUGAAUCCUUUCGUGCAAGCAUUCAAUGCCCUGGAACCACAUUCUGCCUUGGCUACUGCAAUUGUGGUGCCAUUUUGUGGAAAUAGGUGCAUACCACCUAACGAAUCCACCAAAAGCAUCUCAAUUUUUGCAUCGAAUGGCAAGGCUCGCGGAGCCACUAGUUUUCAGCCUACCACUGCCUUCACAUGCAGCACUGUCGCUUCCGACCUGAGCUACUUUUUAGAUCACCAAGCCUGGCUAGGCGUGCCCUAUGCCCAACCUCCGACUCGGGAGAGGGGUCUUCGUUUCCGUCCGCCUCGGAGGUUGGAGACAUCACGCGAACCCAUCGACAACCAACACUUGCCACCCUCCUGCUCUCAGCCGGUCACCAAAGACCCUCGGCAACCUGCGGCAUGGCAGCGUUUGGUGCCACAGCCCUUGCAGACCGAAGCUGAGGCUCUGCGCACCAGCGAGGACUGUCUCUAUCUGAACAUCUACGCCUUGAACGACACACAGGCCAUGCGAAGGCCCGGAGGAGCCGGACUCGAUGCCGCUGGUGGGGGGACAAGAUGGGCCUCGGGGGGUCUAGACGGCAGCGCUGGCAGAAGCGAUGGUCGGGCCGCCUCAAGGAGUCUGUCGCCUGUGGUGGUCUUCCUCAACGGCUAUGACCACGUUUCGGGCACCGGUAAUAGGUAUCCAGGCCAUGCACUCGCCCAGCUUGGUCUGGUCGUCGUCACCGUGAACUAUAGGCUUGGCCCUUUCGGCUUCUUAGCAACCCGGGAGGAUGUCUUUCCUGAGCCAAGAUCAGGCUCCGGGCUGGACGAUAAUGAGCAUGGCAAGGGGAGAAAAGAGAAUUUGAGCCAAAUGCAAGGCGAUGAAGCAGAGGAGGUUUGGGAAGAAGAGGAGGCACUGGGCAACUAUGGCCUCCUGGAUCAAGUCAUGGCGCUUGAAUUCAUCCAAGAGAAUAUUGAUCGCUUCAUGGGCGACCCGAACCAGGUGAAAGACCGUGUGCACUGGUCUACAGAAUACAUCUCUUAA